AUGGGCAGAAAGGCAACUGUGUAUGAGUUGAUUUCUAACGAAUAUGCCAGGAAAACGACUCUAAAGAAGCGAAAGGCCGGGCUGCUGAAGAAGCUGAGUGAACUGACAACCCUUUGCGGUGUUGCUGCUUGUGCUAUAAUCUUCAGUUCUUACGAUGCACAACCGGAUGUUUGGCCGUCCAAAGCCGAAGCAUGUCAAGUUCUCAAAAAGUUCAAGAGUUCACCGGCACAGCAACGAGGUAAGAAUAUGAUGGACCAAACCGUUCUUCUUAAAAGAAGCAUAUUGCAGUUGAAUGGUAGGUUAGAGAAACGAAAAAAGAAAAACCGAGAGCUGGAGAAGGAACUUGCUUUGGCCGAAACCAUGGCAGGUGAAAAUAACUGUGAUUGGAAUAAUUUAGAGCAGUUGAAAGAAUUGGAUUAUCAAUUGCAGGAAAAUAUUAAGCUUAUCACCGAUAAGAUUAAGAGUUAA